AUGGCGACAGUACAAGGUCACUGCGAUGCAGCAUUCAACAAAGUGCGAGAACUCGUCGAGCAGAACAUAAGCUCAACAGAAGAGCUCGGCCUAUCCCUCUGCGUCAACAUCGACGGCAAGAAUGUCCUCGACCUGUGGGGAGGAUACGCCGACCAGGAACGCUCAAAGCCAUGGUCAAAAGACACAAUCGUGUGUCCCUGGUCAAUGUCAAAGUGCGUGACUAACCUCGCCGCCCUCGUUCUCGUCGACCGAGGCCUUCUCGACCCAUCAGCCAAUGUAUCGCAAUACUGGCCGGAAUUCGCAGCCAACGGGAAGGAAAACGUCAAAGUUUGGCAUAUCCUGACUCAUUCAUCCGCUAUUCCCGCCUGGGAGAAGCCCAUUACCUUUGAGGAGAUCUGCGAUAACGCGAGAGCUACCGAGCGACUCGCUGGACAGGCUCCGUGGUGGGAACCCGGUACUUCGAGUGGCUAUCAUCCGGUGACCCAGGGCCACCUGGUCAGCGAGCUGAUCCGACGCGUUACGGGAAAACGAGCCGGAGAGUUCAUCGCCGAGGAAAUGGCAGGUCCACUUGGCGCGGACCUCCAGCUCGGCGUGGCUGAGAAAGACUGGCACCGAGUCGCGGAACUGUCUCCUCCCCCGCCAUUCAUGCCCCCACCAGACUUCAACGCGACAGGUAUUCCAGCGCGAGCUCUGUCCUCGCCUUCCCUAAAAGCCGAGUUUUCUGCAACACCCGAGUUCAGAAACACGGAGCUGCCAGCGAUCAACGGCUUCGGAAAUGCCAGAAGCUAUGCCCGCAUCCUCUCCGCGCUGUCGUUGGGUGGAACGGUGGAUGGAACGAAGCUCCUGAGUCCCGAGACGGUUCAAUUGGCCAUGACGGAGCUGAUAAAAGGAACCGAUUUGGUUCUAGGAAAGCCAUUGCGCUUCGGACUCGGAUUCGGACUUCCGGGAGAUCCUACUAGGAGCUGGAUCCGUGAUGGGAGCUGUUAUUGGGGCGGUUGGGGUGGUUCGAUGGCUAUUAUGGAUGUUCAGAGGCGGGUUACGAUCUGCUAUGCUCAGAACCGCAUGAAGACUCCUGGGACUACCGGGGACUCACGGGUUGAAUCCUAUGUAAAUGCAAUCUACGAUGCUCUGGAGCAGUGA